AUAAGACUCAUAAAGAAAAAAGCAUCAAAAUGCUUCAAUUAACCGGGGGAAAUGAGAAGAAUUUUAAAGUCUCAGAGAGUGUCAGAAGAACUGGUCCGUGGAAAGAGAUUUCUUUUGGGGAUUAUAUUUGUCACACAUUUCAGGGAGACUGCUGGGCUGAUCGAUCCCCACUGCAUGAAGCUGCAGCCCAGGGACGCCUACUGGUCCUUAAAACUUUAAUUGAGCAAGGUGUUAAUGUGAACCUCGUGACAAUAAACCGAGUCUCCUCCCUCCAUGAGGCAUGCCUUGGAGGCCAUAUGGCUUGUGCUAAAGUCUUGCUGGAAAAUGGUGCACAUGUUAACGGAAUGACAGUUCAUGGCGCCACACCCCUCUUCAAUGCUUGCUGCAGUGGAAGUGCUGCAUGUGUCAAUGUGCUGUUGGAGUUUGGAGCUAAGACCCAGCCUGUGGUGCAACAGGCUUCACCCAUCCACGAGGCAGUGAAGAGAGGUCAUAAAGAAUGCAUGGAAAUUCUGCUGGCUAAUAAUGUUAAUAUCAACCAAGAGCUGCCUCAGCUGGGAACUCCACUGUAUGUGGCCUGCACCUACCAGAAGGUAGACUGUGUGAAGAAACUUCUAGAGCUAGGAGCUAGUGUUGAUCAUGGCCGGAGGCUGGACACCCCACUACAUGCCGCAGCGAGGAAAACCAGUGUGGAAAUUGUCCACCUCCUUGCAGACUAUGGAGCUAACCUGAAGCUCAGAAAUGCACUGGGCAAAACCCCGCUUGAUCUGGCAGCUCCUGGAAGCAGUGUGGAAGAUGCCCUCCUGUUCCACAAAGGACCACUUGCUCUUUCUCAGCUCUGCCGCCUGUGUGUUUGGAAGUGCUUGGGCCAAGCAAGUCAUCAAGUCAUCCAGCAGCUACAUUUGCCAGAGCCACUGAAAAAAUUCCUCCUGUAUCAGUAGUCCCAGUUAUCUAGGGGAAAGAUAGUUAGAAAUAUAUGUUGGUUGUUGCCAGUUGUACCCAGGGGUCUUUAGUAUAUAUACCCAAUGGCUUGACUCAUUAUCCUCAAAUGAGCUUAGCUAGUUAGAGUAAAUCUCCCAUAAACUCAAACACUUUGGGUAAAGAAACUUUUGAUUAAUUAAUACUCUUAUUUGCCCAGAGGCUACCAAAAAGCUUUUAGUUUCAAGUUCUUGUUAGUUGGCUUAAAAAAACCCACAAACUAUGAAGUAGAGUGAAAAUUCUAGGUUAUUUUCCGAUGAUUCUAGAUCCUUUAGUAUCUAAAGUUCAACUAUCUGAAUAUGUCAUACACAUCAACAAAUCCAUGUAGAUAAGAUUCUAAUGUCUCCAAGAUAUGUUCCUGAUUGGGUUUCUUUGUUCUUCCUUGAAUAAAUAUCUGCUAUAAUUUCGAGGUCUUUGA